UCUUUAAACCAUCGAGUACUGCAUUGCUAGAAAGGCUGGGAGGAGAGGAGAGGCGCAGAGGAACUUCCUCUUCCGGAUGACUGAUGGGAGGAAGUUGGUGUGCAGAGCGGCUUUCGUGCUGUUUCCAUGGUGGAAGCAGCAGCUGGCAGGAAGAAAAAUCCGGUCCGGUUCCAAGCCAGGAGAAAGGAGCUGGAAAUAAAAUGCUUAGUGACACAGAUGCCAGUCCCAACUGCAGUCAACAAAGAAGAUGGCAAUGAGCACUCUGGACAACUGAGGAUAACAAGCAACAUUGAACACCAAAGCAAGUCAGUCCAGAAAUCAAUAUAUCUUCCAUUUCCUUCAGAGAGCCACAGAAUUCUUAAUCUUCCUCAGCAAGUGAGAGGAAAACAAGAGAAAAUCAGGAAGAGAUUCCUAGCUGAGAAAAGCAGAGUGUGAAAUUCAAGCAGACAUUACAUGAAAAGUCAAGGCAGAUUAUUUUUCCAUUGGGCAAAAGAGGGAAAUAUCUGGAAGUUACUGGGGAGGAAAAGGUCAAUUGGAAAACCACGUAGAACAGACAGAGUUGCAGGUCCACUCUAGGGGGAAGAAAACAGCUUGAAUCAAAGCACUGCUAAACAAGGAAUCAUCCAUAUUUUUUACGUCCAAAGGAAUAUGAGUUGUGGAAAAGCUCCAUAGAUGUGGGAAAGAUACAACUUGCAAAUCACAGCUGAUUAUGCCUGAGAGGAUCCCGACUGGAGAAAAGCCAUACAAUACUCUAAAUGUGGCAAAACCACUGAUCAGAACACCUCCAUUGUGGUUCUUGGAAGGACCCACACAGGAGAGAAGCCCUACAAGUGCUCCCAAUGCAACAAAUGCUUUAGGAAGCAUGGCAUCAUGGACUCACACCAAGGAGAAACCGUUUGAAUGUCCUGAUUGUGGAAAAUGUUUCAGUCAGAAUUUCAGCCUAGUUCAACACCAGAGGAUUCAUACAGGAGAGAAACCGUAUGAGUGUCCUGUUUGUGGGAAAAGUUUCCGUCAGAAUUCCAGCCUUGUGACACACCAGAGGAUUCAUACAGGAGAGAAACCCUUUGAGUGUCCUGAUUGUGGGAAAAGCUUCAGUCAGAAUUCCAGUCUGGUGACACACCAGAGGACACACACAGGCGAGAAACCCUUUGAGUGUCCUGAUUGUGGGAAAUGUUUCAGUAACAAUUCCACUCUGGUGAAACACCAGAGGACUCACACAGGAGAGAAACCCUUUGAAUGUCCUGACUGUGGGAAAAGUUUCAGUCAGAAUUUCAGCCUAGUUCAACACCAGAGGAUUCACACAGGAGAGAAACCCUUUGAAUGUCCCGAUUGUGGUAAAAGUUUGAGUACCAUUUUCAGCCUUGUGACACACCAGAGGAUUCACACAGGAGAGAAACUUUUUGAAUGUUCUGACUGUGGGAAAAGUUUCCGUCAGAAUUCCAACCUGGUUCAACACCAGAGGACUCACACAGGAGAGAAACCCUUUAAAUGUCCUGACUGUGGGAAAAGUUUCAGUCAGAAUGCCACACUGGUUCAACACCAAAGGAUUCACACAGGAGAGAAACCUUUUAAAUGUCCUGACUGUGGGAAAUGUUUCCGUCAGAAUUCCAACCUUAUUGGCCACCAGAGGAUUCAUGCAGCAGAGAAACCGUUUGAAUGUCCUGAUUGUGGAAAACGUUUCUGUCAGAAUUCCUAUCUCAUCAGCCACCAAAGAAUUCACACAGCAGAGAAACCAUUUGAAUGUCCUGAUUGUGGAAAAUGUUUCGGUCACAAUUCCAACCUGGUGAAACACCAGAGGACUCACACAGUAGAGAAACCCUUGGAAUGUUCUGAUUGUGGUAAAAGUUUCAGUACGAAUUCCACCCUGUUGAAACACCAGAGGACUCACACAGGAGAGAAACCCUUUGAAUGUCCUGAUUGUGGAAAAUGUUUCCGUCAGAAUUCCUAUCUCAUCAGCCACCAAAGGAUUCAUGCAGGAGAGAAACCGUUUGAAUGUCCUGAUUGUGGAAAAUGUUUUAGUCACAAAACCAACCUGGUGAAACACCAGAGAACUCACACAGGAGAGAAACCCUUUGAAUGUACUGAUUGUGGUAAAAGUUUCAGUACGAAUUCCACCUUGGUGAAACACCAGAGGACUCACACAGGAGAGAAACCUUUUGAAUGUCUUGAUUGUGGGAAAAGUUUCAGUAAGAAUUCCAACCUGCUUCAACACCAGAGGACUCAUACAGGAGAGAAACCGUUUGAAUGUCCUGACUGUGGGAAAAGUUUCAGUCAGAAUUCCAACCUGGUUCAACACCAGAGGAUUCAUACAGGAGAGAAACCGUUUGAAUGUUCUGAUUGUAGUAAAAGUUUCAGUACGAAUUCCACCCUGGUGAAACACCAGAGGAUUCACACAGGAGAGAAACCCUUUGAAUGUCUUCACUGUGGGAAAAGUUUCAGUCAUAAUUCCAGCCUGGUUCAACACCAGAGAACUCACACAGGAGAGAAACCGUUUGAAUGUCCUGACUGUGGGAAAAGUUUCAGUCAGAAUUCCAACCUGGUUCAACACCAGAGGAUUCAUACAGGAGAGAAACCAUUUGAAUGUUCUGACUGUGGUAAAAGUUUCAGUACGAAUUCCACCUUGGUGAAACACCAGAGGACUCACACAGGAGAGAAACCCUUUGAAUGUCUUGACUGUGGGAAAAGUUUCAGUCAUAAUUCCUGCCUGGUUCAACACCACAGGACUCAUACAGGAGAGAAACCGUUUGAAUGUUCUGUUUGUGGUAAAAGUUUCAGUACGAAUUCCACCCUGGUGAAACACCAGAAGACUCACACAGGAGAGAAACCCUUUGAAUGUCCUGACUGUGGGAAAAGUUUCCGUCAGAAUUCCAACCUCAUCGGCCACCAGAGGAUUCAUACAGGAGAGAAACCAUUUGAAUGUUCUGAUUGUGGUAAAAGUGUCAGUACGAAUUCCACCCUGGUGAAACACCAAGGGACUCACACAGGAGGGAAACUAUAUGAGUGUCCAGACUGUGGGAAUGAUCUCAGUACUAAGGUUAACCUUACAAAUCAUGUACUCAUACACAAAGGGGAGAAAUCAUUUUAAUGCCCCGAGUGUGGAUGGUGCUUCAGGAAACUUUCCACCCUUAUUGUACACAGAAAAUCUCCUGAGGCCCCAGUUGAUUAGUGUAAAGAAGGGUUGAAUUUCAUUUCUGGUGUCCCAUUGUAAGUCCAGCUGAGAAAUUGACUAUUUAAUUUGAUUAAAUUAAAUAGAAUUUGCCUGAUUUUUUGUAGGCAAAUAUGUAAUGGUAUUAGAUGGGUCAGAGGAAAGAAAAAGUUGAUACAUAUUACUUUGAUAUUGGUUAUCUUGCCUUCAGCAUAAGAAGUUGCUGGAUAUUUAUUUUUUUGAAAUUGGGCAAUUAUGUAAAAAUCUUUUUGGGAGUGUUCUUUGCAUUUUUAUGAUGAUAGAUGAUAGAAAUGCUAUGUGCCAGGAGUCCCAGCCUUUUUCUCCCUGUGUGCCCCCAAGAUUUUCAGCCUUAGAAUUCUCCAGCCAGCAUCUCUUGGGGAUUGGAGCACUGAGACUAUAGUUAAGAGAUUGUGGUUCUUCAUAUAAGGAAAAAACAAGCGGAGAAGAGACAUGAGGGCUUUUUUCAAUGUUCUUCUUUUUCUACCCUGUUUCCUCCAAAAUAAGACAUCCCAUGAUAAUAAGACCAAUCGUGCUUUUUUAAAAAAUUAUUAUUAUUUUGUCUUUUACAUCAAACAAACAUUAAAUCUAUAGCGGUCUACAUCACAGCGCGAGAAGGAAGUAAAAUUGUCCCAUUACAUAUAUAGGAUAGCCAAGAAAAGUCUAUUACGUAUACCAAGUGACAUGUUUAUCAGAUACAUCAGUUUGCAGCUCGGUUUGACAUCCAAUUGUACCAUUGACUCCAAGAUAUAUAAUAGUUUGUGUCCCCUCAUCCUUUCAGUAUCAUAGUAAGCCGAUCUGAUUCCGCACAGUUCAUUAUUUUCUGAAUUACUACUUGUUUGGGUGGGCUGACAUCCAUCUUCCUGUAUUGGGCCCAUGCCAAUCUUGCAGCUGUUGUUAUAUGUAGCAACAGGUACCAUGUCAUUUUGUUUACAUUUUUGGGUCUUAUCCCUAAUAAAAAUACCUCAGGACGCAGUUGUAUAUGCUGCCCCAACAUCUCAUUAAGCCAUUUCUGAAUAUUCUUCCAAAAUUUCAUUGCCUCUCGACAGGUCCACCAUUGGUGGAAGUAUGUGCCCUCUUUAACACCACAUUUCCAACAGACUGAGGGUGUUCCAGGGAACAUUUUGGCGAGUCUGGCCGGCAGUAAAUGCCAUCGAUAUGCCAUUUUAUAUAUGUUUUCUUUAUAUGCUAUUGACCGGGUUAGUUUAAUAUUCUUAGUCCAGAUUUCGUUCCACCUCUCAGGCUCUAUUGAAUGACCCAGAUUUUUCUCCCAGGCAUGAACCGAAGUCUUCGCACCUUCCUCAGCUACCUCCAUAGCCAUAAAGAAUUUAUAGCACUUAGUUAACACCUUUUCAUCCACCCCCAGUAAAAUCCUAUCCAAAGUCUGCACCUCUCGGCUAAUCCCGAGUCUCUGUCUAUCUCUCAUAUACUUACUACUAAUUUGCAUGUAUAUCCACCAGUCUAAGUUCACUCCUUGUUCCUGAAGUGACAAUUUUGUUUUUAACUUCCCAUUUGAAUCUAAUAUUUCUUUAUAAGUCAAUUUUUUCUCUGUACAAAAUUGGAUAGAUCACAGCUUCCACAGGUGAGAUCCAGAGUGGUACCUUAUUAUAAUAUGUUUUCCUAAUUUCCAUCCAACUCUCAAUCAGAGCUCCUCACACGUGAUGUUUAGUAAAGUAUGCUGGGGGUUUACCUCUUUCCCACCAUAGGUGGGCAUGCCACACCUGUUGGAGAUCGUGGCCUUCAAUUGCUAACAAACGUUUCCCUUGUAGUGUAAUCCAUUCAUGAACCCAAACCAAAACCGCCGAAUUGUAAUAAAACUUCCAAUUUUGGUACCCCAAACCCGCCUUGUUCUUUCGGGUUCUGCAUCAUUUUCAACUUAAUUCGAGGCUUCUUGCCCUGCCAAAUGAAUCUAUUAGUAGCCCUGUCCAGAUUCCUAAAAAAGGUUUUAUCCAAUCUAACUGGGGCCGUUUGAAAAAGAAAUACCAUUCUAGGCACUACCUGGGUCUUGAUUAAGGCUAUCUGUCCCAUUAAUGACAGUUGUAGCCUGCCCCAUUUCUCCAAAUCUUUGUCUAAUUGCUCAAUUAAUUUUAAAUAGUUAUCCGCCUUUAUUGAGGAGCAUCUAUCAGACAACCAAAUCCCUAAAUAUUUGACUUUACGAACUACCUGGAGGCCCAAAGUGUUUUGUAGUUCUAAUUUCUGUAUUUCCGUCAUGUUUUUAACUAUAAUAUUCGUUUUCUUUCUAUUUAUUUGUAAUCUAGCUACUUCACCGAAUUUCUGUAUCUUGUCAAUAAGCUGCAAACCGGAGGUUAGUGGCUCUUCCAGAACAAAGACCAGGUCGUCCGCAAACACCUGGACCUUGUAUUCUUGUUCUCUGAUCUUUAGCCCUCUUAUGCCCACAUCCUGUCUUAUUGACCUAAGCAAAGGUUCUAAAGUAAAUAUAAACAGCAAUGGAGAAAGUGGGCAACCUUGUCUCGUUCCCUUCGCUUUCGUCACCUCAUCCGACUCUUCUCCAUUGACCAGAAUCUUGGCCUUCUGUUGACUAUAAAUUGCCUGGAUUGCAUUCAUGAAAUAGUCGCCAGCCUCCAUAUAUCUCAAUUGUGCUAUAAGAUAAUUCCAAUUGACCCUGUCGAAGGCUUUCUGGGCGUCCAGAAAGAGGAAUGCCGCCUGCUUUUCAGGGCGGGCCUCGUAGUAUUCCAGGGCAUCUAUUAUGAUUCGUACAUUAUCUUUCAACUGUCUGGUAGGUAGAAAACCAUUUUGAUCUAUAUGAAUGAAUUCGCUAAGAUAUCUCUUAAAUCUAGCUGCCAUUACAGUUGCAAAAAUUUUAUAGUCGGCGUUGAAAAGUGAGAUGGGCCUAUAGUUAUGUAUCAGAGUAUGGUCCACCCCUUCCUUUGGUAUUAGAGAAAUAUAGGCUUCUAGCCAUGACAUGGGAGCCUUAGACUCCAUAAACACCAUAUUAAAUAUUUCCUUCAUAUAUUUUAUAAGCAGAUCUGUAAAGGUUUUAUAAAUCUCAGCAGGCAAGCCAUCAGUACCAGGAGUUUUACCGGCCUUCUGCCUCUUGAUUGCAAUCGCUAUCUCUCCUUCCGUAGUCUCCUUAUUCAACAGGUCCUUGACUGAAUCUGGGAAUUUGGGAAGAUCGGAAUGUUCCAAAUAUUCCUUAAUUUUCUCAUCCGACACCUGCUCAUUAGCAUAAAGUUGUGAAAAGAAUUCCUGUGCAAUCCUUUUUUUCCGUUCAUUAUCUACCCAUAUGAUUCCUGUCUUAUCCUGUAGUUGAUCUAUCCGCCUACUUUCCCUUUCCUUCUUUAGUUUAUAAGUAAGCUACCGGACCGCCCUAUUACCAUGCUCAAAAUGAUGCUGUUUGACCAUUCUAAGUUUAUGUGCUAUUUCCUCCUGGUCUAGUAAUAUGAGUUGAUGUUUACUUGCGUCUACUGCUUCCUUAGCUUUGACAUCUAGUGGGUUAAUCUGUAAAUUCCUCUCUGCAGCCCACACCUUCACUAUCCACCUUUCCCUCUCCUUAAGUUUCUGUCUUUGCUUCCCCGCUAUAUACUUAAUCGCUAGCCCUCUCAUAUAGGCUUUCGCCAUAUCCCACAAAAUCUGUAUCGAGGUUUCAUUAUUAUCAUUGACCCCAAAAAAGGCUUCCAUUUCUCUCUUUACCAUUUGUUGAAAUUCUAUCUCCGUUAAAAUACUUGUUCUCAACAUCCACCUCAUAUUUCUUUUAAUUGUAUCCCUUUUCCACCUAACCAAUAGUGGACUAUGGUCUGCCCAGGUAUUAGGUUCUAUAUUUGUUGCUACAGUUUGACCGUAAGACCCAACUCAUACUCAUAUCUGCACAUACUUUCGGAAGUAUUCUCCUAUUUUCUCUCUUUUGACUGUUCCCCAGUAUAUAGUCCAAAUCCCUGUUAAUUACUGCAUUAAAAUCGCCUAAUAUAGAUAUAUGGUCAUAUUGCAGAUCAACAAGUUUUUGAUACACUUUUUGAUAGAAAUCAGACUGUCCGUUAUUUGGAGCAUAUAUUCCCACCAAGAGGACCUGUAGCUGGCCUAUAUGUAUCUCCAACAUUAGAAUUGUUCCCUCAUCAUCCAUAUAAACUAAUUUAGGUUCCAGGUAAUUCCUAACAUAGAAGACCACACCUCUUUGCUUCUCAUUGGCUAACGUAGCAUACAGUUACCAAAUUCAGGACAUUGCAAAACACAUUCACAUUGUUUUUUAAUAUGCAUUUCCUGAAGACAUAUAACAUCCAUUUUCAAUUUUAGUAAAUUCUUGAAAACCUGCUUCCUCUUCACCUGUGCAUUCAAACCAUUUAUAUUUAAUGAGAACAAACAUAUUUCUUCCCCCAUCUUUACCUAUCUGCAUUCUUUGCCUUAGUGGUCUGUCUGGUUACCCGUUGGUUGCUCUCCCCUUCUCCUUCCCUUACUCCUACCGCUCCCUUCUCCUCCUGCCCUCCUUCCUGACCCUUACUAUCUACCUCAUAUUCACUUUCCCUUCCUCCUUCCCUUUCCGAAGUUGUAAAUUCACUCUCAAGAAAUUCAUCAGGGGUUUCAAGACAUACUCUCUUCCCCUGCCACGACACCAAAAGCCCAUCUGGAAGUAACCACUUAUAUCUCACAUCAUAUUUUCAUAAUCGUGUUGUCAGAGCUUGGUAAUUUCAUCUUCGGUUUCGCACUUUCUUUAGUACCUGUCUCAAAACGGUGACCUGUUUACCAGUGUAUUUUAUCACCUGGCCCUUCGAUCUCUGAUAUACUUCCUCUCGUAACAAUCUCUUAUUGAAUUUUACAUGAACUUCCCUCGGGAGGUUCUGUCUCCUUGUAAAUGAUGUAAAAACCUGGAAACACUCGUUAAUACCACUGUGCACCACUUGCGGGUCUUUCUGCAGCAUCCCUGCCACCAUCUCAACCAUCUUGUCUUCCAAAUUUUCUUCUGACUCCUCCCUAACAUUUUGAAAUCUCAGGAUGUGGGCAGACUUCUCCAUCUCAAGCAGAACUAUAUUGUCUUCAAGCUGCUUAUUAACCAAUAGCUGUCGCAACUCACACCUCUCUAUUACCGCCUCAACCUUCUCCACCUUUGUAGCUACCUCCUGAAUCUGGUCCUCGUGUUUUUCCAUUGUCACACACACAUCAUUCAAUCUCUCAGAGUUUUGUUUCAUUUCCCCUCGCAUGCCUCCCAUCUCCUGUUUCAGUUUAGCCAGAUCCUUCACUGUGGCCUCCUGGUUUUUUGUCAUUGCUUCCUGUAUAGAAUGUAGUAAAUUCUGAAUUCUUUGGAGCGUAGGGGUCUUCUCGGCCACAGAUUUAUGUGGAGUAGGAGGGGUCAUAAUUGGAGCCGUAGAUGCUGUUGAUGUCGGGAGCUUCUUUCCGGUCUUAGUUGAGGAGCUAGACAUUUCUGUUAAGCAGAGGAACCUCCUCCAGGGUAGCAUAUAACUAAGAUGAGCCCAAAGGUACUAGUUAUUGCUCUACACUAUCCCAAUAAUUAAUCAAUAUUUUAAUCUAUUAACGAGUUACUUUGCUAUUUAAUCAAUUGUCUAAUAUUAAACAAGCAGUAGCAUGAAGGAAUGAACAGUAUAAAGACCAAAUGUCUGUCCAGCAAAAGUAAUAAGAGGGAGCAAAGCUACUCGUAACAAGGGAAUUUGAAAGAGAAAGUACUGUUCGGCUAAAAUAUUACAGUUCUCCUGUCUUGCAGACGCUCCUCCCUGGUCUUCCUGUACUCAAGUACAACUAUCCAUAACAAUCUCGUUAAAAUGCCUUGGGCACCACCAAAUCCACCUCCAAGUCAGGGGAAGGUCGAUAGGAGUAGCUCUUCCAGCACUUACCAGCUAAUUAGGGGGUAGAGGUCUGAAAAAGUUCCAAAUACACUCAAGAUUAAAGGAAAGCAGCGCCCAUCCGAUCCGCCAGGCAACUCGGCACCCAGUCUCUGAUUUUCCACUACCGCCUCCAAGUUACUCUUGAAAAUCAUUGUGCUGCUUCCAGCCAAAAAAAAUAAGCCUUGCGCCCCCCAAAUUCCUUCAGUGUCAAUCCUGAGGGGAGAGUCUCUUCCUUUCUCGCAAUCCAGUUUAUUUAUUUCACCGCCAAUACCACUUCCACUCCAUUCCCGCAAAAGCGCUUUGUCAUGGCGAUGGGGCCUCUGUCCUCUCUACAGGGCCCUCUUCUCACCGGAGAUCAGGAUCAUCCUUCACUUUGUCGGGGGUUCACACUACUCCCGGCUAGUCCGGACUUUCAUCCUUCUUUGCCGAUCGCUCCACGAUCGGCAACGACUCAUUUAGCCACUUGGCAAAGAGAAAUAAAAGUUUCGUGGCUCAGGAGAACUUUCCCUACCACUCUACUUACCUAUGACGUCAUGCCAGAAGUCCAAGCCCAAUCGUGCUUUUGAGUGCAUGGUAAUAAGGCCAAGCACUUAUUUCAGGAUUCAAAAAAAUAUAAGACAGGGUCUCAUUUUUGGGAAAACACUAUAACAGUUCCAGAAAUUCAGUGCACCAAGCAUGUCUGUUCAGAUUGUGUCAAGAAUGAGGCACACAAGUGGAAGAAACCAUAUGAAUAGCAAAUAUAUUGGGAAAGUUUAGAGCAGUGAUAAAAGCAGUGUAAAAUUUCAGAUGUACAGAAAAAAGUGACUGAUGACUGUUUUUCCCAUGACCAUUGCAGCAUCCCCAUGGUCACAUGAUCAAAAUUCAGAUGCUUGGCAAAACACCCAUAAUUAUGAUGAUUGCAGUGUCCCGGACUCAUGUGAUCCUCUUUUCUCACCUUCUGACCAACAAAGUCAACAGGGAAGCCAGAUUCACUUAACAACUGUGUGACUAAUUUAACAACUGCAGUGAUUCACUUUUUUUUUUUUAUUUGAUUUAUAUGCCGCCCUUCUCCGGAGAGUCAGGGUGGCUUACAAUGUGCUCAGCAAUAGCCUUCAUCCUUUUGUAUAUUUAUACAAAGUCAGCUUAUUGCCCCCACAACUGGGUCCUCAAUUUACCUUCCUUAGAAAGGAUGGAAGGCUGAGUCAACCUUGAGCCUUGGCGAGAUUCGAACCUGCAGUAAUUGCAGGCAGCUGGUCUUAAUAACCAGCUUAAUAACAGGGUGCCUUAGACCACUGUACUACCAAGGCACUUAACAACUGUGGCAAGAAAAGUUGUAAAAUGGGGCAAAACUCACUUAACAAAUGUCUCACUUAGCAACAGUGAAAUUUUGCGCUGAAUUGCAGUUGAGGACUACUUUUAUUUACAUAAAGUAUCAGAGUUGGAAGCGACCUACUGAUCAAGACAGGAGACCCUAUUCCAUUUCAGACAAGAGACUGUCCAGUCUCUUCUUAAAAGCCUCCAACCGAAACCCUGUCCUUUAAUGCUGCUGAAGUUCUUGGGAUCAUUUCAUCAAUUAACAUCCUCCCCUUGCUUUAAAGUUAGAUCAAAAAGUGUGAGUGUAUUGUAUGGAGUAAUCACGACAGACACACCCCUCCACCCAAAGAAUGAAAUAUUUGGGGGGAUAUUAAGAGGCAGAAUAUUAUAUUUCCCCAAAGGAGAAAUGGAGAAAAAAUACUAGCAAAGGCAGAAAGCAGCCACAACAGUUUCCAGCAGAUGCCUGAAGUUUUUAGAGAUGGAUAUUUUGUGUCCAUUAAGAAAUCUAGGCCAGCCCAUUCACAAACAAAACACCUAGAAUGCCAAUUGAUGGGAUUAAUUACAAAUUAAAAUUUGCAUUUCCCCAUCCAAAAUCUAAGGACAGGACAUAACUUUUUACUACAGGGGUCUUCAAAGUACAGCCUGUGGGGUGCAUAUGGCCUGCUGAAGCAAUGUAUUGGGCCCACGCAGUGGUGGGAUUCAGCCCUGCCCCUCGCCCCACCCCUACCAGCCAUUUCUUGCAUGGCUGGCUGUGCCACCUGCAUGGCCCCUCCUCUAGCCGUCACCCUUAUCUUCCAAUGCACAGGAGUAUGCUCACCGCAAAGGUAAGGGGGUUUUUCACAAUGGGGGAAACAGGGUCUCCUCCUCCUGGAGCCCAUUAUGACGUGGAGCCACAGUAUGACCCUGACCCACUCUCCCCUGACAACACUAGCAUUGGCGUCAGCUUGUUUUCGCCUCCCAGAUGUCAGUCACUUUUCCUGCAGAUACUGCAGGCUGCCUGUCUUGUGAUGCCCUGCCUCCCCGCCAGCCAGGUGGUCUUUGGGUCUCUGCCGACCAGUUGAUCAUUGUAUGGCUCAUCAGCCUCUGGAUGUCAGAUUCCCACCAUCUAGCACCAGUUCAGGGGUUCCUUCCUCUGCCUCCGGACAGCGAGAGAGAGAGACAGAGACUGAGGAAGGGAAGGAAGGAUGAUAGGAAGGAAGACAGAUUCAGGGGUUGUGGUAAAAACUGUAGUUCAGUAAUAAGGAUGUGAUGGCCCUCCAGUGGCUACUGCACUAGACUCCCAUCAUUCCUGACUAUUAGUUGUGUUGUUUAAAAAAUCCAGUGCCACCAGGGAGAAGUCAGGUUGUGAGUGAUUGAAAUUCCUCACAUCUGCAAAUUUGAUGAGUUCCCCAUCUAUCCCCUCCUCAUUGAUGAAGAUGUUGAAGAGUACUGGGCCUAAAACAGAGCCUUGGGGUACUCCACUACAUACUUCCCUCCAUGUAGAUGCAGUUCCAUUGAGGACUAUACGUUGAAUGCGGUUGGUCAGCCAGUUACGAAUCCAUCUGGUGCUGAUGCUGUCCAACCCACACUUUUCUACUUUAUCUAGUAGUAGGUUAUGGUCUACUUUAUCAUAAAAUAAAAUACCUAGGCAUUUGGAUAACGGCAAGAUACUCGGCCCUAAAAGAAGAUAAUUACAAGUCCUUAAUUAAUAAAGUUAAACAAGACUUGGAAAGGUGGGGGAAAUCACAACUAUCACUCUUAGGCAGGAUAGCCUCAAUAAAGAUGAGCGUCCUGCCUAAACUAUUAUAUCUGUUCCAAACCAUCCUAGUCUACCUAGAUAAAAAAUUCUUCUUAGAAUUGAAUAGCAUCACCAGGAAAUUCAUUUGGGGAGGGAAAAAACCAAGGAUUGCCUUACAAACAUUACAGGAUAAAAGGAAUAGGGGCGGCUUUAGACUCCCAGCAUGGGAAAUGUAUCACAAAGCAGCAAACUUGGUAUGGUUAAGGGAAUGGGCCACCUUAGAUAAUAAAAGAAUCCUGACACUAGAAGGACAUGAUCUGCAGAGAGGCUGGCACACCCAUCUCUGGGAUAAAAGCCAAAGGACAAGGACAUAUUUCCACAGGUAUAAAACAAGAGAUGCACCAAUGCAGACCUGGAAAGAAAUUAGACAAGUGCAUUACACGAAGGUCCCGAAAUGGAUAUCCAUAAUGGAGGCUAUAAUAUAUCCCAAUAUGUUAGGUAUGAAAAAAUGUUCAGAUAUGAAGAUAUCCUUGAUAGUGGCGGGAAUCUUAAAACCAAUGAAGCCUUGAAAGAGCAAGGUAUUCAUAUUGAUUGGUGGCCUUAUUUACUAAUUAAGUAGAGAUACCAGAAAGAUAAGAAGGAAUUUGGCACAGAACUAGGAACUAAUGGAUUAGAUAAGAUUUGGAUGGGUACAGAAAACUACUAGCCAAAUUAUACACGUAUUUGCUCGAAUACCAAAGGGAAGAGGAGGUAGUCAAAAAACAGAUGAUUGCAUGGGAAAAAAAACAUUGGACGUAGUAUAAAUUUAGACGACUGGGAAACAAUCUGGAAUUGCAAUCUUAAAUUGACAAGAGUGGUAGCAUAUAAAGAGAACCAGUAUAAGAUGAUAUAUAGAUGGCAUUUAGGCCCCACUAGAAUAGCGAAAAUCUAUCCAAACGUGAAUCCAAAGUGUUGGAAACGUGGCCAUUAUCAAGGCUCCUUCUACCACAUGUGGUGGUCGUGCCCCGAAGCGACGAAAUACUGGAAAAAGAUACAAAGAUGGACCCAAGAAAUAAUAGAAGAAACAGUUGAUUUGGAACCAGAAACUUUUCUCAUGGGAAUACCAAAAAGGACCUACGGAAGGAAAAGAAAUAUCUAAUCACACACAUUAUCACAUCUGCUAGAAUAAUGUAUGCAAAGCACUGGAAAGAGAAAGGGCAGCCACCGGAGGAGCAUAUAAUUGGAAAAAUAUUAGAGUGCGCAAAGAUGUGUAAAUUAACUCAUGAAAUAAAUGAGAAAGAGAACUCAGAAUUUUACACGGUGUGGGAAAUGUGGUAUAAGUGAUUGGAAGGUAAACACAAAAAGUAAAAGGAGAGAGAGUGUGAAUAGUAAAUCAAUUAUGUAAUCUAAGAGACAACAUGUAUAUAAAUUUGUGUAAAUGUAAAAACCGCAGCCUGAACGAAAACUGUUGAAUUGUAUAACUAUGUAACUUAAUAAAAAUUAAAAGAAAGAAGUUGGAACAAGGAGGCAUAGAUUGAAAAAAAAGGCAAUAUAUGUAAUAUAGUAUGUAAGUGUAAGCGUCUAUAAGAGAUUAAGUAUGUGUAACUAAGUAAGUAAAUUAGUAAGUAGUAAUGUAUAUUGAAUACAUAA